AUGCAUUCGCGUCGACCCGAAACCUUGAAGAUUGACAUCUCCAAGUAUAGAGGAGUCGAAGAGGACUCCCUCUUGAGAUGGUUCGUCGAAUUGGAUGACGCCAUAAGGGCGCGUCGCAUCGACGACGGGGAUAUGCAAGUUGCAUUUGCCCAGUCAAAUCUGGCAGGACGUGCCAAGACUUGGGCACUGGGGCUCAAGCUGCACGACCCAUACGCGUUUGGGUCGUUGGAAGUCUUCAAGUCGCGGUUCAGACAAACGUUUGAACCGCCUAGAGCUGAGUUCAGAGCUCGAACCGAACUCUUGAAGCUCAAGCAGGGUAAGCGUGAUGUGCACGCUUACGCUCAACAUAUACGACAUCUCACGAGUUGUAUAAGUUCCAAUCCGGUGGAUGAACACACGUUGGUUUCGGUGUUCAUGCAGGGUCUUGCGGAUGGUCCCGUCAAGACUCACCUGUUCCGGCUUGAACUAGAUUCACUAGAACAAGCCAUUUCAAUUGCGGAGCAGGAAGACUUCAGUCUGAGACAGGCUCGCGCCAGCUCGACAUCAUAUCGUCAACCGAGACGAUAUGACAACGGAGGUCCAGAGCCGAUGGAACUCUGUUAUGUAGAGAGCGAGAAGGCUCGCUCUACAGGCUACAAGAAGUUGCAGAGAUGCAACAGAUGUCAAAAGACAGGACACUACGCUUACGAGUGUAGUGCCCCUCGUCCAGUGUCUCGCGACACUGGGCGUAGUGACCGCCCACCCAUGAGAAAGGGGCAGGGACGAGGGUCCGCAGUUGGUGCAAAGACGCAACAACGGGAUGGACCGUCAAAAAACGGACAGGAUCAGUAG